AUGCCAAUAUUAUAUGUGGUUACAACCAUUUCACCAUCAACUUCGACAUCCCGAAGAACAACAGUCUCUCAAGUAGAUCAAAAGAAGAUUGUUUGUCCUCCUAAAGACAAAAGGAUACCGUUUUUCGCACUUCCCUGCAAGUCCUCUAAAGAGUGUCAGCAAUGGGGACCGAAUUUGCUGUGCUGUACUUCGUAUUGCAUUAGGGGAAUUACUCCCCUCGAUCCAGAACCAAGUCACAGUCCCGUAUUAGGGGUAAUCGAUAGGGUAUGUCCAAUUUAUCCAACACCGGAAUUUUUAAAUGUACAGGAAUGCGUCAGCGACGCAGAUUGUGGACCCCGAAUUUGUUGCCAAGAAGCAAAUAGUAGAAGUGCGGGCGAAAUUAAAAGUUACUGUCGAAAUGGCGCGCCUCGUUUACACAAACUUCCGGCUCUUAAACAGCUUUUAUUACCGUUAAAAACGUUUGCUGGGUACAUGCAAUGUUCACCAUCGCCUCCGCCAUUUCUAGAUUUGUUUCCAAAGGCAUGCGAAUCACUUCUUGAUUGUUUGCCUAAUUUGUGUUGCCAAGAGAAUGGAAAAAAGGUAUGCAGGCCACCGAAGAAGUCGUUUAUAACAUUUAUUCUAGCUGCAUCUAAGAGUAUUAGUACUUCGGGAGUAGUAAGAAACCUGGUAAAAAGAAUUGCCUAG